AAAUAUCUGUAGUGGUGUUUUUAUUAUAUAUAAACCUUUUUCAUUGUACCCAUACUGUCAAAGCAAGUAAUGUCACGAAGCCAAUUGUCAUUUGUUGUGCGUUCAAGCUGGUAUCGAAUAUCAAUGUGAAAUACAGACAAAAUGGCGUGCAGUCGUCAUCGAUUAUAAAAUUUUGUUAUUAAUACAGUGUGUGUACUGCAGCAUAUUUAUAAAAAACACCCAGAGGGCUACGGAAUUUCGUGCGUCAGCGUUUGAAAGCCACGUUAAACUAUUCUUGUUUUGCAAGGUUUGGUCAAAUACGUCUUGAAAUAUUGUUCGGAUUUGAUUGAUUUUCAAUUCAGUGUAGUAGCAGUGUUCAUCAAGGAAACAGUCACCUCAUUUGCGUUGAUUGUUUUAUUUUAUAUCAUGGAAUGAAGCAGCCGAGUUUUAGUGAAGAUAAUUUUCAGCUACACGACCGAGCUGAUCGACCGAGUGCUGCAGAACUACGUUCAAUGGCGAUGAGACAACAGCAACAAAUUGACACUCAGCACCAAAUGUUGGCAGCAAAGGAACAACGUUUACGGUUUCUAAAAUCCCAGGAAACGCGAAAUGUUGUUUCAAUUGCCGAAGCGGAGCGUCUUCGCCGACUACGCGAGCGCGUCGAAGCACAGGAAUCAAAAUUACGACGCCUUCGAGCAUUGCGUGGUCAAGUGGAUUUACAGAAAACCUAUAAUGUUACGCUAGGUAAUGAUUUGGACUCGAUAAGAGCAUUAUUCAGUGAGAAAGAAAAGGAGCUUACGCUAGCAGUGGCUAAAGUAGAAGCGCUAACACGCCAACUGGAAGAGCUACGGCGUGACCGCAGAGGAGUCGAUACAAAUGGCAUUUCAUACAAUAUUAACACAAAUGCUCUAAAUAACAAUGGAUCACCUGCGGGCAAGGAGCUGGAAAAGUUGCGUUUGGAACUUGUUUAUCGCAAUCAGUUGUCCAUGCAACAGAAUGCUCGCUUGAAUAUGCAGAGGGAAGCUUUGCAGCAGCGCCAAAUAGAACUACAUUCAGUAGACAAACGUAUCGUUGAAUUGCAAAGCCGUAUUAACAAAAAAAGAAUACUCAAUGUGCAGAAUUACAAACUUAAUGCAGCAAAUAAUGGUCUGGGAUCAGGACAAAACCAUAACAAAACAAUCCCGUCCAACAGUAAUCAGUCGUUGCAUUCGAGAUCCUCUUCGACGCACAUAAUUCCCUCGCAUUCAAGAACUCUGAGCCGCGGCAAUGUAGUUGCAGUGGAACCGUUUAAUCAUGUUCCUAUGAAAUCAGCAUCCCUGGGAAAUGGAUCAAAUGCAUCGUCAUCGCCAUCUCCGUUGGUGAAUACGAAUGAGAAAAUACAGCCACCAAUUACCGGUACGUCUGAUUUUAUGCAACAACAGCAGCAACAUCAGCUUCAAAAUUAUCAGUGGGACCACGAAAAACAUACGAUGAUGAUCGCCGGUGAUGAGGCUAUGUUACUAGCACCCGAAAGCGAUGAAAAGAAACUAGCUGUCCGGCAACAACAGUACCGUUCGCGUUACGUAGACAAUGUCGGUUUUGUUACAGGCCCGGAAAUGGUCUCGGAGGAUGAUUCUGUGUCAGGAAAGGCACACUAUCCGGACACGCAACAAAAAAUAAUCACAAAUGAUUUUGAGGUAACAAACAAUUCCAAUACGCCUGCAGCCUACGAUAAUGAAAAAGGAAUGAUCGAAUUCUACAACAAUACGCCGACAAGUGAGGGAGAAUUAGAUGCCGCAGUUAACACAGGAAGCGAUAUAGGACAGUCAAGGGAUAAUAAUGUUGGACUUACUAAAGGCUAUGGCAAUAAUCAAGAAAAAUACCAACAAAACAAUUUCAAUCAACCGAAGGCUAGCUACAAUUUUUUACAAAACAUUCCAUUGGGAAACUUGGUGGUACCUCCCAGGAAACCGAUAAAUAGUGUAGCACCAACCCUUGCUAUGAAGCCUCCCACGUCUAGCUCUUCGACCAUCGUAAAUGAAACCACGAGUGCAAAAGUAACGGGUGUAAUGCGGAAGCUCCCAGUAGGAAUGGAUAGCGGUGGCGGUGUUGCGAUGAACGAAGCUCAACAAGCAUCGAAUCCUACAAGCCCAAACAAUAACAAUCGCCCGGCACUCCCGCCAAAACCUAGCAAACCACCAUGUUUUGGCAAUACCGGCACAGCGGCUGUUUCAGGAAAUAACAAUGCAAAUGAUGAAAAUAGUAAUGAAACUAAUUCCACAUUCGAAGGUGCAUUAACAAGCAAUGAGAAUGACUCUUCAUCUUCUACAUCAUACGACAUUCCGGAUUUAAGCCUACAUGCAACAAUAAGUAAACAAUCGUCAGCAAACGAUAAACUUCCAAUCAAAGCUAAACCCUUGACAAUUAGGAAACAUCCAUUCUUGGAGCAACCGAGGCUAAAGAAUAUUACGGGUUUGUUUAAUCCCGGUAACGGAAAUGUUGUGGCUACGGGGCUAAAUAAAAUACCAUCUACUGCCGCUUUGCAACAGCAACAGAUAUCAAAUAAACGAAAGGAGGCAGCUGCGGCAGGACAUGGCGAUGGAAAUGAAACCACUUACUACGGUAAUUACGAAAAUGAAACAUUGCAAGACAAACAAUCCGCCUCAGACGUCAAUGAGAACAACACAGGAAGAGACCAUCCCAUAGAACGCUUAAAGAAGUUAAAAAGUGGAAGUUCCAAUACCAUUGACGGAACAGGGAACACUGAUAAUGAAGUUACUAGACGGAAGCGUAAUUUCAUUGUUAUUGCUCCCGAGAGUCAGGGUAAUUCUAGCAGUAUUGGAGCAAACGGUGCUGGAGGAUCAAACGUUGUCGAAGGAACUAAACAUAAGCUGUCGCGCCGCGUUAGCUUUGACCCGUUAGCGUUAUUGUUGGAUGCUAGUUUAGAAGGUGAAUUAGAAUUGGUAGAGAAAACUGCUAUGCAGGUUACUAAUCCAAGUGCAGCCAAUGAUGAAGGUAUUACUGCGUUGCACAAUGCUAUAUGCGCGGGUCACUUUGAGAUAGUGAAGUUUCUGGUGAAUUUUGGGUGUGAUGUUAAUGCGCAGGAUUCCGACGGCUGGACACCAUUGCACUGUGCCGCUAGUUGUAACAAUUUACCGAUGGUUAAAUUUCUUGUCGAGUCUGGUGCCUGUUUGUUCGCAGCUACGCUUUCUGACCAUGAAACACCUGCCGAAAAGUGUGAAGAAGAUGAAGAAGGAUUCGACGGAUGCUCUGAAUAUCUUUAUAGUAUACAAGAAAAAUUAGGCAUAUUGAACAAUGGAGAAGUGCAUGCUGUGUUCGCAUAUGAAUCUCAACAGCCUGAUGAAUUAAGCUUCUUUGUAAAUGAUAAGCUUACUAUCAUCCGGAAAGGAGACGAAGCCGAACGUGAAUGGUGGUGGGCACGCAACAGCUUAACAACAGAGGGUUACGUUCCAAGAAAUUUGCUUGGGCUUUAUCCGCGACUUGCUCCAUCGUACACUGACGAUAAUUAGGAUUGAGAGUUGAAUAAUAUUGUUUGCUAAUACAAGACUUCACAGUUCAAUUCACAAUGUGUUUAUCACAACCGCUUACUACUUGGAGUCAAUGCUAGCAUAAACCCUACAUUUAUUUCAUUAUAUUUCCAUAAAGGGAAUAUUAUAUGAAACAUAAAUAAAAGCGGAGUGUACAGCGCUUUGUAUUAUUGUUUUCAGGAAACAAACAGACAAAUGAGAAUCAUUUUUCUCAUAGACUUGGACUCGUUCAAGUUAACCAAUAAGAUAAUAUUCGUAGCAUUGUGUUUAGAACUGUUAAAUCCUGUGUCGGUAUGACUACUAGUGAAGAUGGUGUACAAUGAUCUUAAUUGAAAACUAAUUGGCAAAAGUUGUGUUAGGCCGCGGGACAACGACUGUUGAGGAUUUCUUCAGAAUUAAAAAUUACGUGAACACUCGAGUGAUUUGUGUUUUGAGAAAAACUUGGCCCAUGGACAAUAAUUUCAAAAAAAAAUUUGUGACAAUUUUUGUGGAAUCCUUUGUACAGAUGAGAUGCCUCAGCUGUUAGGAAUGUAAAAAAAACCUUUUUUUUGUUUGUGGUUUUUACUCUUCGUGUACCAUUGUUAAUGUAAAUACAUACUGAAGCAUUAAAACUAACAUUAAUUAUAAUUUAUCAACUUAAUUGAUUGUUUAGUUUUUUUGUUUCUAUAACAGUACCUUUAUCGAACAGUGUGUGACACCAGUUGCGUAUACGUUUUAAUUUUAAACUUACACUUUUUAACCGGAAUACUCUGCCUGAAUCUCGUUCAUUUAAUUGAUACAAUGUUUACGAACAUGCUUUUUCUCAAAACAAAAAUAUUAUUGACCAUAUUUUCCAUUAAAUUGAUCAAAAAACGGUAUUAAAUCAAAAUUACAAUUACAUUAAAUAUAUAGCAUUUGUUGCAAACUGUUUGAUGUCGCUGAGGAAAAGAGAGGUAGCAUGGCCGUCAUGUGGGAUUUUUUCUGAGACCAAAUUUGAGGUAAACCUGAAACGGCCACAUAGACUUUGGUUUUCUGACGCUUUUUGAGGGAUUUUUGUAACUGAAGAAGUUUGAGGAAAAAUCUCAGCUGCCGUGGUCCUGCGGCUUUACGAAACAUAUUGACUAAAUAUCAUGACGUAUUCUUGCAUCCAUCAUAUAAAUUACAAAUACAAAAUGAAAUAAAAUUAAGUUUGAUGUGUUUUUAAACAACCUUAAGCUCUCCAACAACCUUAAGAGUCUUAAGUAGUUUAAAUAUUCUGUACAGAAACACUGAUGUUAGACGCAUACGUUACAUACAACCGAAUAAAUGUAAAUGUAUUGUUUUUGGCUAUUGGGAUGCAUUUGGAUGCAACGACAAAAAUUGAUUAAUCGAACACAGAACAGCUUAGAGAGUGUAAUACAAAUAUUCAAAAGGGAUGUUCUUUCAGGUCUAAUUCCAAAAUGUAUGGAAUAAAAAACAACGUAUUCAAAUCCAAUUUCAAUAGAACGAAACAUAUUUGCGAAAAAUCAUUCCACCUUUCCUUUAUUGGUGUAGGGUAUCUACAUAACUUUUUUUUAUUGUUGGAACGGCUACAGUUGCAUACGAUUAAAAUGCAUAGAAAACAUACUACAAGAUUAAAAAUGUAGACUUGACAAAUAAAACGUAAUGCCAUGCAAAAUAAAUGCGAUAUAUUGUAUAGUUUUAUGCAGCGUUAUGAUUGAUGUGAGAAUGCAUGUGAAGUUUGUAAUGACAAUCAUUGAACAAGAUAAAUUAUGAACAAAAUAAAUUAUGAACAUAAUAACCUUUUA